CAUUUUUUUUCCGUAUUUAACUCAAAAGUUGACAAUCAUUUGAUAAACGUACAAAUUUUUUCAAAGUACUAUUAGUAUAAAGAUCCUUGUCUUGCUGCAUUCUUUAUAAAAUUUGUACCACUCUGUUCCUUUUUUUUGAGUUGGAAAACGUGAUUUGGCGUUUUAGAGGGAUUGCUUUCAACAUACUUGCUUUGUUCUUUGUUCCAUAGUAGAGGGUCUUGGGAGGAAUUAGUAUAUGCCUAUAGGAUCUGAUAUUUCUAUUCCAUAAAUUGUUAUUUGAUCUAGCUGUUAUUUUAGGUGGGAAAUUCACAUCGACAACUAGCUAUCUUUUCUUGGGUUGUGCUUUUGUUGUUGGUUUUUUAAAAUACCUUUUUUUUUUUUUUUUUUUUUUUUUUUUUAAAAUCGUUUUCCACAUCCUUUCUUGCUUGCUUAUAGGAAGCUAAUGGUUUCUUGUUUUAUUUUUUACUUGUAAGAUCUCCGUGGUUCCUUACUCAACCUCAAUUCUCAGAGAUCUGUAAUUAUCAAUUGAAAAAAUCUUUAUCACCUUUCUUUCUUUUCUUUUUUAAAAGUUUUAUACCCUUUUCUAUACAAUUCCCUAAUGGCGGCUGUUCCAUCUACCACCGAAACUAUAAUGGAUAACAAAGCAAUUACAAAGACUUACCAAUUGCCGGCUCCUCAAAGUUUCCUUGAAAAAUGCGUCCAAGCUAUCCUGUCCCCCGGCAAACAAUGUAAUAUCCGCUCCUCUGCCCCUACUCAACAAGUGUUUGAGGAUGAAAAGUUUCUCCAUAGUUCUUCUUCCCUAGACAACAGCUGCUCAGACUAUAAGGUCAAAUAUGACAGCGAUGGUACAAAUGUAAAGCAUGAAAACAUUCGAGAGUACAUUGUUCAGGAACGCCCCAACCUUGCAGGUCGUAUCUUUGAUUUAGUAACUCACCUAGCAGGCACUAGUUUUGUUUUUAUCCUUGCCUUGAUCAUUCUUGUCGUUUGGGCCAUCAUUGGAGGCGUCUACCAUGCCCCGGAUAGUUGGCAAAUUGUUAUGCAAGAUGGCAGUUCCAUUCAAUGCUACGUAUCCGAUACUCUUCUAAUGCGCCAGCAACAAAAUCACCACGACCACAUGAUUACUAUAGUCGCCCAGUUGCGUUCUCGUUUACACACGGUUCGACGCCUAAUUGGUCCUAUCCUCCAAGGAAAGUCGGUCGCUUCGGCACCGCUUAAAGAACAGGAUCUGCACGAUGAUGUUGGCGAUGCUCGUGAGCUUCCUGUUGAAAACUGGUUUGAUCUUAUUUGCAACUAUGUGAGUCUCGUCGUAGGAUCCGUAUACUUUUUCUUUAUUUAUUGGAUUGGAAUGUUUAUUUGGAUUGGGUUCGGUAAACUGCUAAACUGGAGCGAUGAAUGGCAACUUUACAUUAACACAGCUACUGCUGUAGAAUUAACCUUUACUUCUGUAUUUCUGCAAAAUAUCCGUCAUCGCCAUAUGAACUAUAUAUCCCGUUGUGUCUCUUCCAUUUUCUGCAUGGAUGCCGUCUUGGAAGAAACCAUUCGUAGACAAUCUGGAGAUCGUGAAAAGAACCCUGUAAUUGAAAUAGAGGCCGAGAAAGUUAAAAUUGGAUCCCGUACGAUUGAUUAUUAUGCUCACCUCGUUGGAUCAGGCGUCGGGGCCGUGAUCAGUGCUGCUGUAUUUAUAGUUUGGUUGGCCAUAGGUAAUACCAUGCAUUGGAAUUCCAAUUGGUGGUUAAUUAUCGGAACCUAUACAGGUCUCGUUGGAUUUUUAGAUGGAUUUGCUCUUCGUAAUGUUUACUUUCGCGAAAAUAACCACAUCAAAACACACCUUCAGACCUUAAUCGAUGAAGAAUACUCGCUUUUUCAGAGUCUCGGUCUUCCUCUUCCUCAUGAUUCUGAAACCCCAUUGAACAAAUCUCUUGCAUAUAAACUAAGCGCUUUUAUUGGACAUAUUUGCUCACAAGCUUACUCUGUUUACGCGGCUGUGAUAAUCAUCAUCGGUUUGAUUGUUGCUGCUGGUGCACUAAAAUUCAACGAAACUGCUCAACUAUUUUGUAAUACCCCUACCAUGAUUAUUGAAGGUGCUUUGUUGAUUGUCCUUAUAGAAGCACAUAACUUUACAAACCUAAAAAAUCGUAUCAAGUUCCGUCAUAUACAUCUUCGACGCCUUGCACUCAUAAAGGCUAUUGUUGGUGAUGACUAUGUCUCCGGCGAAAGUGUUUAAUUCCCUUCUACCGUCACUUAUUUGUUUAUUUGCCUCUAAUUAAUUUCUCAUUUAGUGUAUGAACCCUUUUAAUGAUAUGAAAUGAACUAUAGGAAGCAAUCAUGUAGCACAUCAAUCAAUAUUAUUUCAGUGACCUUCCCCAA